AUGGUGUACAGCAGCCUGGUUACCGCCCCUUCCAACAUGAAGGAGGCCAUCGAUUGGAUGGCGGCCGUGAAGGCAAGUGGCGGUGCGCAGAGUUUGGCCGAAGCUGUUGCGGAGUUGUUUAAAGUUGGGUCAAAAGGUAAAUACGAUCUUGGAAUCGUUGAGGAGGUUAGGCAUCAUGUUAAACUCUUCCUGCAGAAGCCCGGGUUGAAAGAACACGCUGCCUCGCGACAGAUAAUCAAGAAAAUUAUUGAAACAUCCGUGAAAUUCAUACGUACGCCUCAUGAUGACAAGCGAAGUAGGGCGAGAUUGAGAUACAAAAUGAGAUUGGGCAAGAAGCCGCGUAAGAAAGGAUCUAAGGCCGACGAGGAAGACGAAAAGAAAUAUGAAGUCGCUCCCGACAAGCCGCCAGUGUACGUGAUCUCCAACAACUUGACUAGCGUUGAAAUUAAGAAGGGCGUUCAAGAUUCCGUGGAAAAGUUCGACACGCUUUUGAAAAAGAUAAAAAAGGGGCAAAGCUAUGUUUCGUCUUACGAUACGUCAGCAGAGUGGGAAAAAUGCUGCGCACCUGAUCCCCUAAUUUGUGCCCAGAUUUUUGUUGGAAUCGCGCCACUGCUGUACGCAACCAGUCGCGUGCUCCGGUACGUCACAACAUUCACCGCGGGGGUAUAUAAGAUAGCCGAUGAGUCGAGGAAGCUGGGUCAGUUUUUUGGCCUCGUAGGUUACGAUGUCGAAAACGACAUUAACGCCAGGAAGACUGUAGAUAUUUUCAGGUUCAACGUAGACUUCAUCACCGAGAAUUUCGCCAUGAGGUUGAAUGAGUUGGCCGGAUUUGUAAAGAUAUAG